GGAAAGUGGAGCGCUAUGGCAGGCAGGGGAAGUCCCCCGAAGUUCAGUGAAAGGGAGAGCUUAAAGAUAGGAAACUCACAUCCUCUGAAACUAUGAUAAGAGUAGAGUCUUCUGUGGGGAUAACAUUGUUAAAGUAGAGCUUAAUAUAAGAUAAAAGCAUAAAUUCUAGACAAUUUGAAAAGAUCUCGAAGGAAUGCUACUGGGAAGCUUCUUGGCGAUUGGUGAUCUUUGAAAUGGCCCUCUGAAUCCAUCAAUUCUGCUUCUGGAGUAGCAAGCUAUCUGUAGAAUACAAAUAUGCUGCUCCGCAGUCUGCCUUUUGGGUUUUCGGGGCAUAUUUUCGGGAAAAUUAAAGAACUCUGCAGAUCCUAACCCUAUUUGAAAACCCGUUUGAAAUUCAAACGCAGUACCGGAAUCGCCCCAUCUGGCAGCACUGCGACUUGUGAUCUUGUUGGUUAUCGAUAGAAGGACAGAGCGUCUAAAGUCUGUGUUUACAUUUGAAGAGUUCAAAAUGGAAAAAGAGAAAAGCGAGGAGCAGUUUUUGGAGAAGUUUUCUAAAAUGUCCUUCUCGUACAAUGCGUUCAGGGACUUCAUUGACCACCAGGAGGUGAUCAUCCAGGACGAUGUGGUGAUGACGGCCUUUUGCGAUGCGAUUCGGCAUGCACACAUCUUCGAAGGCGCCACAGUGCUGGAGGUGGACUGCGGCAGUGCCCUGCUUUCGAUGUUGGUGGCCAAGCAAGGAGCCGCCCGGGUGUUUGCCGUGGACUCUGGCAAUGUGGCGCAGGUGGCGCGCCAGUUGGUGCGCGAGAACGGCCUGGACAGCGUGAUUGAGGUGAUUCAGGGCGACAUUCGGAAACUGAAGCUUCCCCCAGUCGAUGUCAUAGUAUCCAAGUGGAUGGGGGCCUGUCUGUUGCAUAACUCGGCUUUGGAUCGGGUCAUCUAUGCGCGCGACAAGUGGCUCAAGCCCAAGGGCUGCAUCUUUCCGGACACGGCCAGGCUCUAUCUCUCGGUAGCCGAGGACAGGAAUACGGAACAGCCCAGGCAUUUCUUUUCGCGCUUUUUAGGCUUCAAUAUGUCCCAUGCGGCACGCAUUGUCCAGCAGCUACCGAAAGUGGGUUGCGUGCUGGCACGCCAGAUACUCGCCAAACCGCAGGAGAUAUGGAAAAUGGAUUUGCGUACCAUCAAGAGCGACCAACUGAGCUUCAAUGUGCCCUUUCAACUGCACGUGCAGCGUCAGGAGAUCAUCGCUCUGUUUGUCGCGCACUUUGACUUUAGCUUCUCGGGCGGCACCGAUGAGAAGGUGGUGUCCACCAGUCCCUGGGCUCCGAGCACCCACUGGCAGCAGACUCUCUUCCACAUCGAUCAGCAUCUGCCCAUAUGCAGUGGCGAACAAUUCUCGGGCAACUUUAUCGUUUCUCGUGGGACCAACUAUCUGGACUUUGACAUCGAGUGGGGCUUCCGCAAUAAGCUGGUAAAGAUUAAGCAGCACAAGCAAACCUUUCGCUUGUGUGGCGGCUGCAAGGACAAGCCAUAGCCGAAGGAUGGGGCUACAUGAUGACUGAGAGACUGCCAUUGAAUGGAAAGGAAUUCUCUCUAUAAGUUUUUGCCGUAGGAAGGCGGCACAUUUUUUUUUUUUUUUUUUUUUCAUGUGGAA